AGAUCGAGUUGCCCUUCUCCUGAGCUCAACUUGAAGGAGGAGGAAGAGUUGCGGGGAAUAGCAAAAGCCAAGCCAUGGCAAAGAACGAGCAAAGUAAAAAGCGAAAGAGACAGAAGCAGAAUCGGAAACCAACUCAUCAAAAUGAGGCGAAGAGGAAGGGCCUAGAUAUUACUUCUGGAAAAGGAGUUGUUGACCACAAUCCUGGUUCUGCUAAGCGAACGAAAUUGCAAGAACCCACCAAGGCCUCUAGUUUUCUCGACAAGAUGCGGGAGAGGUUGUCAGGAGGGCAUUUCAGGAUGAUUAACGAGAAGCUGUACACAUGCACUGGGGAAGAGGCCCUAAACUAUUUUCAAGAAGACCCCUCACUGUUUGAACUGUAUCAUACAGGAUACAAAAUGCAAAUGUCACAAUGGCCCGAGCAGCCUGUCAAUGUCAUCAUAAACUGGCUGAAAAAACAGAGCCCGUCUCUGGUUAUAGCAGAUUUUGGCUGUGGAGAUGCACUCAUUGAAAAAAGUGUGAAGAAUACGGUCUUCUCCCUGGAUCUUGUCUCGAGAGAUCCUAAAGUAAUUGCCUGUGACAUGGCAAAUGCACCCCUUGGCACCUCAUCUGUUGACGUUUCUGUCUUCUGUCUUUCGUUGAUGGGGACCAAUUACUCGAGUUAUCUUGAAGAAGCGUACAGAGUGCUUAAGCCAGGUGGCUGGCUUUUAAUAGCAGAAGUAAAAAGCAGGUUUGAUCCAAAUACUGGAGGAGCAGAGCCAGAAAAGUUUUCAGAGGCUAUUUGUGAGCUUGGGUUUCGCUCUGUCAAACAGGAUUUCUCAAAUAAGGUGUUUAUUUUAUUUUACUUUAAGAAGAAGGAUAAGCAAAAUUCUAGGAGGGCGGAAGUUGAAUGGCCUGUAUUGAAACCUUGUCUGUACAAGCGCCGUUGAGACGUUGAGGCGAUACCUCAUACUGCUGAUGCUAGUUCUUUUUUUUUUUUUGGGUAUAAAUAGUGGUUACGGGGAAUUUGAUUAGUGAGAGAAAAGUUCCCAUUCCUCUUUAUAUAUAUAUAUA